AUGCCCCAUCUUGUGCACGAAAGAAUAGACGACAUCUGGGCUUCGCCCCUGCUAGAGAAUAGAUGGUCAGAGUCCUCGUUUCCACCCUCACGAUCAAUAGGCGAGGAUACCUCGCAGUUGCAAUUUGCCAUUGCAUCCUCGAAUUCUUCUAACUCUACGUAUUUGACCCCAUACUCGUCAAAUUCUACUUUGCCGAAGAUGCCUGGUUCAUUGGACGUCUCGUCAAAUAAUCCACUUACGUUGCCUCUUGAAUCGCACACGCUUCGGGCUUCCAUGAGUCUUGUCGAUAUUCACCCUCCUUUAGCGAAAGAACUGUUUAAUGCAGCAUUUAGAUCCUGCUGGACAGAACUCUAUGAUCAGUAUCAAGAAGGCCUCGUGCGAUCCAUUGAAUGCGCCAUCACCACCACCACUGCUCCGUCUGAUCUCGUGCACCGACUGCUUAGCUUAGCUGAGUUCAUGGAACACGAGGAGAAGACACUCCUCAUCGAACAUCGCACUCUGGGAGAGUAUGCCAUGAGGUUCCAUGCCUACGCGAAAGCUCUUCACUACAAGGAGCGUGAGUCCUUUACUGAAACUUCCCCGAAUAUCAUCGAAGCAUUGAUCGGAAUCAACACCAAGCUACAGCAACACGACGCCGCUUGGGUGACUCGGAGGGCUGGGCCUGUGAAGGACAACCCAAGACCAUUCGCCUUUAGCAAAUCCCUAGCAAACCCUAGUAGCACUGCCGGGCCCGCGUUAUUCGGUGCUCCAGGACCGGCAGCCUCGCAGCACUCCUCGGAUUCUGAAAAUGAACCAAAUCACGAUGAUGUUAUGAUGGACUCAGAAGGACCUACUUUUGGAGUCGACUCAAGAUCCCAACAUGAUGUUCUGCAGGGACCCACACUUUGUAGGAAGCAGAUUCCAAGACUUUUCAAUGACCUCGAACAUUUGACUGAAGAUCUCAGUGACGUCAAUGAAGUUGAUGUCUCAUCGCCGCCAAUCCGAUCGAGAAUUCAACGCGUUCUGUUAACGCUAAGAGAUACCCUCCAAACACCCUUCAACUUGUUUGGAAUCUGCCGCCUAUACCCUCGCCGUCCCUCCUUCGAGCCUGAUAAAUUCGUCCUGUCUUCAUUACUUGCUAGGUCGUGCCCGAUAAUUGUUCAAGGACCCGAUUCUCAGACGCAGGUGUUGCCACCACCCUAUCCGUUUCCCAAUAUGUCCAUCUAUCGCCUGAUCACCUGGAUGAAUUCAGGCAGUCAUCGAAAAUCUGAAGCUGAGGUCCAGCGCCUUGUGAAAGAAGUUAUACAGGCGGACGACUUUGACGUCGAAGAUCUUGAAGGGUUCUCAGUGAGAAGAAGCUUGCGAGAAUUAGAUAGAGGCGACGGCAAGGGGAAGGUUACCUUCCCAGAUGACUGGAUUGAGGCCGAUGUCACUGUUACCAUCCCAACAAAGUCAAGGGAGGAAGGAUCUAAAACGUAUACUAUCCCUGGAUUUCACUAUCGUCCUCUUGUCGAAGUAAUCCAUGCUGCUUUUGCAGAUAUCCAAGCAAGCGCAUUCCAUCUCAUGCCUUUCAAACGGCUAUGGAAGGAUCCAUUGGACGACCGUCAGGAACGAAUAUACGAUGAACUCUAUACCUCCAAUGCCUGGCUGGAAGCGCAGGACAACCUCCAGAAACUGCCAAAGGAACCCGGUUGUUCUUUAGAACGCGCCAUAGCAGGUCUCAUGUUCUUUUCGGACUCAACUCACUUAGCAAACUUUGGAACUGCAAAGGCUUGGCCGUUGUACCUAUAUUUUGGAAAUCUAACGAAGUAUGUGCGGUCGUCACCGCAAUCGGGCGCAUGCCACCUAGUGGGAUUCUUCCCUUCCCUUCCGGACAGUAUCAAAGAUUUGUUGAGCACAAUAUCUCGUAUAUCAAAGACUGGUAUGGCCUCACUUCAAACACACUGCCGAAGAGAAUUGUUUCACGCAUGCUGGGAAAUCUUGCUUGAUGAAGAAUUUCUUCAAGCAUAUCGCCACGGUAUCGUUUUGAAAUGUCCGGAUGGAGUGCUGCGGAGAAUAUUUCCCAGAAUCUUCACGUACUCGGCUGAUUACCCAGAGAAGUGCAUUCCUUUACCUUGA